UUUCAUUUUUUUUUUUUACAAAUAAAAAGUUUCAUUUUUUGCAGAUGUCUGUCCCGGGAGCUCAGAUCACAGUAUCGCACAAGACACAUUUAAAGAGCAUGCCAAUGUUAAGCAGAAUAAAGUUCAUAAAAGGAUUAAAUAUCAAAGCAAUUACAAAAGGAAUAAGUCAUAUUCAUGUUCAGAAUGUGACAAAUGUUUCAGCCGUAAAUCAAGUCUUGAAUUGCAUCAGAUGACUCACACAGGGGAGAAGCCAUUUUCAUGCUCAGAAUGUGAUAAAAGUUACAGGGUUAAAUCGCAACUUAUUUUACAUCACAGGAUUCACACAGAUGAGAGGCCAUUUUCAUGUUCAGAAUGUGAUAAAUCUUUUACCCUCAAGCAGCGUCUGGUUAAACAUCAACUAACUCACACAGGGGAGAAGGCAUUUUUAUGUUCAGAAUGUGGCAAACGUUUUACUCAGAAAUCAGAACUUAUUGACCACCUGAGAAUUCACACAGGAAAUAAGCCAUUUUGUUGUUCAGAAUGUGGAAGAUCUUUUACCCGGAAAUCAGAUCUUCGGAAACAUCAGAGAAUUCACACAGGGGAGAAGCCAUAUUCAUGUUCAGAAUGUGAGAAAUGUUAUGGGACUCGCUUAAGUCUUGUUAUCCAUCUGAGAACUCACACAGGGGAGAAGCCAUUUUCAUGCUCAGAAUGUGAUAAGAGUUACAGGGUUAAAUCACAUCUUAUUGUACAUCAGAGGACUCACACAGACGAGAGGCCAUUUUCAUGUUCAGAAUGUGAUAAAUCUUUUACCCUCAAGCAGCUUCUUGUUAAACAUCAACGAACUCACACAGGGGAGAAGCCAUUUUCAUGUGCAGAAUGUGGGAGAUGUUUUACUCGGAAAACACAUCUAGAUACACAUCAGAUAACUCACACAGGGGAGAAGCCAUUUUCAUGUUCAGAAUGUGGGAAAAGUUUUAACAGUAAAUCAAAUCUUGUUACACAUCAGACCAUUCACUUAGGGAAGCCAUUUGUAUGUACUGUAUGUGGAAAGAGUUUUGGCCAAAAGUCAGAGCUUACUGUACAUCAAAAAAGUCACACAGGAGAAACAUUUUCAUGUCCAGAAUGUGGAAAGGUUUUUAGGAAAAAUUCAGAUUACACAGUGGUGAAGAAGAUCUCUAGUCAGCGCUGUCAGGCUCCUGUGUCUGAAGGAUGGGGAAGAACCCUGAACCCAAUCACGGGGCCUCCACCUCACUCCCUAAAACACAAAAUCAAUGAGCAGAAGAUCCUAGAACUCACCCACAAGAUGAUGGAGCUGCUGACUGGAGAGGUUCCUAUAAGGUGUCAGGAUGUCACUGUCUAUUUAUCCAUGGAGGAGUGGGAAUAUGUAGAAGGACACAAGGAUCUGUACAAGGACGUCAUGAUGGAGAACCACCAGCCCCUCACAUCAUCAGGAAGAUCCAGUAAGAGAAGAACACCAGAGAGAUGUCCCAGUCCUCUUCUUCCACAGGAUCAUCAGAUUGUUCAGCAGAAGAAAGAGUUGAGCAAUAAUAAAUAUACACAGACAUAUGUGAGAGGUGAUGACCAGUGGAAGGAGGACAUUCCUACAGAGACAUUUGUGAGAGGUGAUGAGCUGACUAAGGAAGACCUUCCUACAGAGACAUAUGUAAGGAAUGAUGAGCUGCCUAAGGAAGACCUUCCUACAGAGACAUAUGUAAGGGAUGAUGAGCUGCCUAAGGAAGACCUUCCUACAGAGACAUAUGUAAGGGACGAUGAGCUGCCUAAGGAAGACCUUCCUACAGAGACAUAUGUGAGAGGUGAUAAGCUGCCUGAGGAAGACCUUCCUACAGAGACAUUUGUGAGAGGUGAUAAGCUGCCUGAGGAAGACCUUCCUACAGAGACAUUUGUGAGAGGUGAUGAGCUGCCUGAGGAAGACCUUCCUACAGAGACAUUUGUGAGAGGUGAUGAGCUGCCUGAGGAAGACCUUCCUACAGAGACAUUUGUGAGAGGUGAUGAGCUGCCUAAGGAAGACCUUCCUACAGAGACAUAUGUAAGGGAUGAUGAGCUGCCUAAGGAAGACCUUCCUACAGAGACAUAUGUAAGGGAUGAUGAGCUGCCUAAGGAAGACCUUCCUACAGAGACAUUUGUGAGAGGUGAUGAGCUGACUAAGGAAGACCUUCCUACAGAGACAUAUGUAAGCGGUGAUGAGCUGCCGAAGGAAGACCUUCCUACAGAGACAUAUGUAAGCGGUGAGGAGCUGACUAAGGAAGACCUUCCUGCAGAGACAUUUGUGAGAGGUGAUGAGCUGCCUAAGGAAGACCUUCCUGCAGAGACAUUUGUGAGAGGUGAUGAGCUGCCGAAGGAAGACCUUCCUACAGAGACAUAUGUAAGCGGUGAGGAGCUGACUAAAGAAGACCUUCCUACAGAGACAUAUGUGAGAGGUGAUGAGCUGCCUAAUGAAGACCUUCCUACAGAGACAUAUGUGAGAGGUGAUGAGCAGUGUAAUGAGAACAUUCCUACAGAGACAUAUAUAAGAAGUGAUGAGCAACAUAAGGAGAACAUUCCUACAGAUAACCGCCCAGAUGACGGUACCAGGAGCUCAGAGAAUGAUUGCAAUAGCACACAGGACACAUAUGAAGAGCAUGCCGUUAUCUCAGAUGUACCCUCAGCCGUUCACAGCAAUCUAUCAUCUGAUCCCUUCAAACAGCUAUCAUCUGAUUCAUCACAGACUGUUAAGGAAAAUACAAGUCACAGAAGGAGUGUUGUACGUGAAAGAAAGAACGCAAGGAAGGCAUUUUCAUGUUCAGAAUGUGGAAAAUGUUUUGGGCAGAAAUCACAUCUUGUUAGACAUUACAGAAUUCACACAGGGGAGAAACCAUUUUCAUGCCCAGAAUGUGGGAAACGUUAUGACAUCAAAUCACUGCUAGUUAGACAUCAGAGACGUCACACAGGGGAGAAGCCAUUUUCAUGUGUGGAAUGUGGAAAAUGUUACAGUGUUAAAUCUCUGCUUGAUACACAUCUGAGAAUUCACACAGGAGAGAGGCCGUUCUUAUGUUCAGAAUGUGGGAAAUGUUUUAUUGUUAAAUCUCAUCUUAAUAGACAUCUUAGAUCUCACACAGGAGAGAGACCGUUUUCAUGUUCAGAAUGUGGAAAAUGUUACAAGGUUAAAUCACAUCUUAUUACACAUCAGAAAAUUCACACAGAAGUGAAGCCAUUUUCAUGUUCAGAAUGUGGGAAAUGUUUUAUCCAGGCGCACAAUUAUCUUAGACAUCAAAUAAGUCACACAGGGGAGAAGCCAUUUUCAUGUUCAGAAUGUGGGAAAUGUUUUAAGCAAAAAUAUGAACUUCUUAGCCAUCAGAGAAAUCACACAGGGGCAAAACCAUUUUCGUGUUCGGAAUGUGGCAAAUGUUUUAAACGAAAAUCACACGUGGUUGAACAUCAAAAAACUCACACAGGAGAGAAGCCAUUUUUUUGUUCAGAAUGUGGAAAAUGUUUUGUCCAGAAAUCAAAACUUGAUAGACAUCAGAAAAGUCACACAGGGGAGAAGCCAUUUUCAUGUUCAGAAUGUGGAAAAGGUUUUAUCACUAAAUCAACUCUAGUUAUGCAUCAGAGAACUCACACGGGGGAGAAGCCAUUUUCAUGUCCAGAAUGCUGUAAAUGCUAUACUCGGAAAUCACAUCUUGUUGAACAUGUGAAGAGUCACACAGGAGAGAAACCAUUUUCAUGUUCAGAAUGUGGGAAAUGUUUUAUACAGAAAUCACGUCUUGUCAAACAUCAGAGAAUUCACACAGGAGAGAAGUCAUUUUCAUGUGCAGAAUCUGGGAAACGUUAUAACGUUAAAUCAAAACAUGAUACACAUCGGAGAAUUCACACAGGAGAGAAGCCGUUUUCAUGUUCAGAAUGUGGCAUGUGUUUCUCAAGGAAGAAAAGUCUUCUUAAGCAUCAGAACGUUCACAGAGGGGAAAAGCCUUUUUCAUGUUCUGUAUGUGGAAAGUGUUUUAACCGAAAGUCAGCUCUUCUUGGGCAUCAAAAAACUCACACAAGGAAGAUUGACAAUGUAGAGGGACUUCAAUCCGCUGAAAUAGCUGAUAAGCAAACGUUAGGGAGACCAAACCAGCGAGAGGAGACGGGAAGCGAGACAACAUACAGUACAGGAUCUGGGUGGGUGCCGAACAUUGGCUAUAGCGUGACAUCGUUUGACAAUUCUUUAACCUUGAGCACAGAGAAACCUAUCAAACUAUUCAACUCAUGUUCCAAUCCAUACAAAAAGAGAGAAUACAACAUCUACACGGUAAUAUCUCCUCCUUUAUCACUACUGGUAAGUGUGUUUUUACAUGGUAUUUUAUGUGGUUUUAACAUUGUUUCUUCCUCUUUUUAUUCAGGUUCCGGCUUCAUAAAAUCCUGUUUAUACCUCCUGUUUAAGAGAAUUUACCUGAUUGACCAAUCAGAGUUGAAGAGGAACAGAGACAAGAUGGCGGAGAAGAUAUUAAAUCUGACAUUAGAGAUACUUUACUGGCUUACUGGAGAGGAUUACACAGUGGUAAAGAAGACCUCUAGUGAGCGCUCUCAGGUUCCAUUAUCUGAAGGAUGUGGAAGAACCUUGAGCCCAAUCACGGGGCCUCCACCUCACUCCCUGAUACAUGAGGAAAUCAAUGAACAGAAGAUCCUAGAACUCGUCCACAAGAUGAUGGAGCUGCUGAAUGGAGAGGUUCCUAUAAGGUGUCAGGAUGUCACUGUCUAUUUCUCCAUGGAGGAGUGGGAGUAUGUAGAAGGACACAAGGAUCUGUACAAGGACAUCGUGAUUGAGGACCACCAGACCCUCACAUCACCAGGAAAACCCAGUAAGAGAAGAACACCAGAGAGAUGUCCCAGUCUUCUUCUUCUUCCACAGGAUCAUCAGAUGUUGAAUCAAGAUAAAGAUCUGAACAAUAUUAAUGCUACAGAGAUGCAUGUGAGGGGUGAUGACCAGUGUAAGGAGGACAUUCCUACAGAGAUGUAUGUGAGGGGUGAUGACCAGUGUAAGGAAGGAAUUCUUACAGAUAACCACCCAGAUGUCUAUACUCGGAGCUCAGAGGGACAUCUGAUAUCUUCCUAUUUUAAAGCAGAUGGUUGUGGUAUCACACAAGAUACAUGUGAAGAGCAUGCCUUUAUCUUAGAUGUACCUUCAGCUGUUGACAGUACAAAUCUAUCAUCUGAUCCUCUUAAAAAUCUCAAAUCUUCUGAUUCAUCACAAACUUGUAAGAAGUCUAAAGAUCAUCAAAUGAGUGUUGUACGUGAAAUCUCUUACAAAAGGAAGAAGUCAAAGCUAUGUUCAGAAUUUGGCGAAUGUUUUAAGAAAAAAUCACAUCUUCAACCUCAGAGAACUCACACAGGAGAGAAGUUUUCCUGUUCAGAAUGUGGGAAAUGUUUCCCAAGAAAAAGUAGUCUUUUUGAACAUCAGAACAUUCACACCGGGGUUAAGACAUUUUCAUGUACUGUAUGUGGAAAGGAUUUUAACCAGAAGUCAGAUCUUACAGGACAUCAAAGAGUUCACAUGGAAAAAACAUUUUCAUGUCCAGAAUGUGAGAAAUGUUUUCACAACAAAGCACACCUUAAAAUGCAUCUGAGAAUUCACACAGGGGAGAAGCCAUUUUUCUGUUCAGAAUGUGGGAAAUGUUUCACCCAACAAACAUGUCUGAAAAGACAUGAGAGAAUUCACACAGGGGAGAAGCCAUUUUUAUGUUCAGAAUGUGGAAAAUGUUUCGCAACGAGAGGACAGCUUGAUAAACAUCAGAAAACUCACAGGGUAGUGGAGAAGCCAUUUUCAUGUACUGCAUGUGGAAAGGGUUUUAAGCGAAAGCCAGAUCUUACUAUUCAUCAAAGAAUUCACACAGGAGACACCUUUCCAUGUCCAGAAUGCGGCACAUGUUUUAUCAAGGAAUCCCACCUUAAAACACAUCAAAGAAUUCACACAGGGGAGAAGCCAUUUUCCUGUACCAAAUGUGGGAAAUGUUUUAACCGGAGAUCACAUCUUGUUAGACAUGAGAACAUUCACAGAGGAGAGAAGUGAUUUUCUUGACACAUAAUACAGAAAAAACACAACACUUAUAGUCAAAGUACACAUGUAGCAACUACAGAUGAGCGAAUCGAAGUUGACAAAGUGGAAUUCUAUCCGAAUUUCAGGGAAAAUUCGAUUUGCACCUAAUCCAAAUUUCCUCACGCUUUGUGGUAACGAAUCACUUUUUUUCAUAAAGCUUUCAAAAUAGCUGCUGCACGUCUGAGGACAUGGAGCAAGGAACUCUGGGAAAGAGGGAUCACCCACAAUGCCAUGCAUGCAGCCAAUCAGCAGCCAGCCAUCCCCUGUGAUGUCCUAUAAAUAG